AUGUUGCAAGACGGGACUGCUGUUUAUCCCAUUGAACAUCGCGAGACGCAAAAAGGCUUGAACGAAACUACUCUCCAAGACCCUGUCAAAGAGCAAGGCGUAGUGCGUAUAGCUAAGAACGAUCCCGAACGGAAGAGCAUCGGAAUCGAGUGGAGGAAUGGGAGAUGCAGGCUAGACGUUCCGAAACCUCUCAGACGGAGGGACCAUGACCAUGCGGCACAAGCGGCACGCGUCAAAAAGCUCAUUGGGAUGUUCAAUGCUGGAUUGACUAUGGAUGCGGACGACGCGUUCAAGUGGUAUCAGUUGAAAGGCCCGCGAAACGCAUUGCGUUUGGCCACAAUCGAAUUCAUGUCCCUUGAACUGAGCGGAGCUUUCACUUCCCGUCAACCAUAUCUUCAUUCCCCUGUCGACGACAUUUACUCUCACUUCUUCGUCGCUCAGUGGGCAGCGGUGUUUCACCGACUGCCGGCGGAACAUGAUGUCGACUCGAUCAGCUUGAAUCGAUUACGAACAGAGUUAAGCACCCAGCAAGCUGCAGCGACGGAUAAAAUCAGUGGCCUUGCCGUUCAUGCCCCAGAUGUCGUGAAAUAUGGCAGCUUCUUGUGCGAAUGUGGAUCUCUGUUCAAAGCUUGGAAGGCCAGAUUAAGCACGUUGGACACAGACUACAGAGGAGCAAUCUACAAAGUCACAGACCUGAACAAAAACAACGAAGAGCUCUUGAAGUCGUUGUUUAUGACUUACGCGUACCGUGGAGUUGCCGACUACAUGGAGGUCUUGGCUGAGUGGCGGUUGACGAAGGAUGAUGAUUUGUCUGACGUCGAGUCGGAGCCUGAGCCUGAGGAUUAG